CAAGAAGAUGAAUCCCUGCAGUCACGAAAGCUUUACAUCGAAAAUUGAUCGAUGAUGUUGAAGGUGACGAUGCUGUGUGUGUGUGUAUAUCCGAAUGCAGUCACAUCGACCAGACGACAACGUGGCAAGAUCCCCGUAAAUCUUUGGGCCCUCAAAUGAUUCUCCCUUCUCCAGCCAGCCCAGCGACGCAGCAGCAGCGUGGCAUGGGAGUGCAGCAGCAGCAGCAGCAGAAUCUGGGUCCCCUUCCGGAAGGCUGGGAGCAAGCCUGUACUCCUGAAGGCGAAAUUUAUUUCAUAAAUCACAAAAACAAAACCACGUCAUGGCUGGAUCCACGACUUGACCCUCGCUACAUGAUGUCCCAGCAGCAGCAGCGCAUGGUUCCCAGCGGAGGGGGCAUGGGCUCCCCAGGCAUGGCUCCGCAGAGUCCCCCGACCUCGGGCCCCCCACUCAUGGCCUUGGGCAGCCCCCCAGCGAUGGUGGCGCAGCAGCAGCAGCAGCGGCAGCAGAAGAUGAGGCUCCAGCGGCUGCAGAUGGAGAAAGACCGUCUACGCAUGCGACAGGAGCAGCUCAUACGGCAGGAGCGCGUGCUGAGGACUCAGCUCCCCAUGGACAUGGAGGCUGUACCGCAGCACCCCGUGUCGCCGCCCGGGAUGGUGGCGGACAUGCGCGCCAUCACCACCAGCUCCGACCCCUUCCUCAGCAGCGGCGGGACGUUCCACUCGCGUGACGAGAGCACGGACAGCGGCCUGGGCCUGAGCAACUACAGCCUGCCCCGCACGCCGGAGGACUUCCUGGGCAACGUCGAGGAGAUGGACACGGGCGAGAGCCUUGGGCCCAACGGGGCCAUCCCUCCGAGCGGCGCGGGGCCCCAGACCUCGACACGCUUCCCCGACUUCCUCGAAGCCGUGCAGGGCACCGCCGGGGAGCUGGGCGCGUUGGAGGGCGCCGACGGCAUGGGCGUCGACGGCGAGGACUCCCUGAUGCCCUCGCUGCAGGAGGCGCUGAGCUCCGACCUGCUGAGCGACGUGGAGUCGGUGCUGAACCCCUCGAAGCUGGAGCAGGAGAACCUCCUCACGUGGCUCUGAGUGCCGUCGCUUCCCGUCGCUUGCGGCCAAAGGGCGCGCUCGCGCUCGUGAUGGCGAGGUCGCUGGCGGGAGUUGGAUGGGUGGUGGCGGUGGCGGUGCGUGGAAGAGGCGGGCGGGCGGUGGGUUGGGUUGGAUUUCUUCCAGUUCGGUGUGGUUCAGGUGUGGUUCAGGUGUGGCGGACGGAGGGGGAGAGGGGAGGCUGCAAGGAUGUCGAAGGUCAGGAAGGGUCAGCGGGUCGCCAAGUCGUUGGGUAAGGAAGGGGGCUGCUUUGUAAAAAGAAAAGUGAAAUAACGGGUGCUUCAAAAAAAUGUUAACACUCUUUAUGGGACUCUCGUUUUUAGUGCAAAACGAACGGAUACUAAUACACUGCAACAUGAUAACAAAUGUAAUGUCAAUAGCUUCAAAGAGUCCUCCACUCGUUCGCCACCGUUGGCAAUGCUUGCCCCGGAAUCUUCUCCAGGUGGUCUCCAGAGCCCCGGUUGGCACACUUCUCGUGGUUAUUGUUGCAAAUUCUCAAAAGUCUUAACCCACUUUAUUUUUUUUGACGGAUCCUGCAAUUGUUUUCUUUUGGGGCGUCUCCGUUUGGAGGCCGCCCUGAACCGCGGUCACCUCACGGCCGCAGCUCGGCGGUGGAGAUAACGGAGGUUUGGCCGCAACUAUCGGCGUCCGAGGCCGUCGACGAGCCCUUUGAUCGCCGCGCCGAUUCAACCGGAUGGAAAACGAUCGCCCCAACCGGCGUGGGGAAUUCCGCGAUUCCCGUGGCGGGAGCGUGCGGCGAAAGCGGCGGCCGCUUAUAUGGCAACCGCCGUUGAAAGCCCUCGCCGUGGGGCCUUAGCUACUCCUAGUCACGUGCCUACCUGCGUUGCAUCCUACCAGCUGAUGGGGCGGGGGAGGUUCCAGGAGAAAACUUAAGCCCGGAGCUGAACGAUCCGCAAAACGUCGAGAGGGUUGGGGGGGGGGGCGGAGCGGGGCAGGGGCCUUCCAGCCAAGCGUUUUUUUGUUUUUGACGGUGGUCGGUGUAGCGAGCGAGCCCAGGAGCAAUCAGGAUAUCGGCCCAGCUUUGGAAGCAUCGCAAUGAAAUAAAAUCUAAAAUCUUUUUUUUCCAAAAUAUACAUGUUAACAACAAACAAACGCCGGCUUAAAGAAGAUGAAAGGAGUGGAAUCACUCGGGUCUCCGAUAAUUGGGAGGGCCGCGCAAGUGACAAUGAUGGCAACAGGGGUGGGUUGUGGGCGAGGGUGUGUGUAGGUGUGUGUGUAGGUGUGUGUGUGUAGGGGUGGGUGUGUGUGUGUGUGGGUGUGUGUGGGUGUGUGUGGGUGUGUGUGGGUGUGUGUGGGUGUGUGUAGGUGUGUGUGUGUGUAGGUUUGGGUGUGCGGGUGUGUGUAGGUGUGUGUGGGUGUGUGUGGGUGUGUGUAGGUGUGUGUCGGUGUGGGCAAGGGACGUUUGACUGCGCCGGUGUGGGAUUGUUAAGAGAGGCAGGGCCAGGCCAGGCAGUAUUGUGCCGUAGGUAUUUUUGGUAUUCGUUAAUUUGUAUUAUUUCUACUCUUGUUAUUCGUCGCCCGAUUUCUACCUAUAUAUUUUGAUUGUCCCAUUGGAGUCGAGCCCUCGACACGGAGACGCUGCCACGCUGCCACGCGUGAUGGGGACAGCCCCGCACGCCCACCCUCAGCCCCACCGCCCCCCAGAACACGACGACGUAGAACUACUUCUGAAAUCUCUUCAGGAGGUUUUUCACGUCUUCGAAGAGCACGCACGCACGCACGCCCCCCGCUGCUUUAAGUUCCGUAAGUAAUGAAUGUUUCGUCGCACGUGGCAGUACCCUGGGCCCGAAAUAAUAACCAUAGUUUUAAUUGACAAAGCGCCGCUUAAACAAUCGUUCUCGGGGCACUGAGAACGAUUGUUAAAUUGCAUUUUGUUUUUUGUUCUUCCACUCUUUGCAAUUGUAUAUCCCGGCCGUGCUGUCGGGCGCGGCGGCGUUGUCUUCUUGGCGUGCGUUGAUGGAAAUCCAUUCGGAGCGGUCACGGGGCAGCGCAGUCCCUACUCACUCCCGCCUGCUCCCUCUCUCUCCCCUCCUCCCUCCCCUCCCCUCUCCUCCCUCCCCUCUCCUCCCUCCCCCUCCGCGUGGUGGUGAACAGUCCCGUGGAACUAUUUUUUUCCUCUCUCGAGGCUCCAUCCGGUGAGCUGUGGUCCUUGCGUAACAGUAGGUGGCACCACUUAACCAACCGAUCUCUCGUCCUCUCGCGCCGCGACAAACGAGUAUUUUAUCAUUCUGAGGGGGCGGUAUUUAGGCAAUUUUCAAAGCGAGGUGAGCCGUCACAUUCAAUGCGACUUUUUUGUUGUUUGGUCUUGCAGUCAUUGUGGUGAUGGGGGCUGAAGGCCUUGAAUUUUGCACAAACGUGAGAAGACUUUUAACAUAAAACCCCAUUAAAAUAAAGUAUCAAGGGGUUUCAAUCGGAGGGUUCUGCGCUAAAGCGAUGGGCGUCAAGGCUCUGCGAGCCUCCAAACAGCAGCCUUUAGUCACUGCUGGAAAUUCCACAUUCCUAUGCCGGGCGUUAGGAUUUUUAAAAUACGACAAACCCAAUUUUUUGUGGGACUUCCCACAAACUGGUACUCAUUUAAGCGACACUGGAUUGAUGAUGGGCUGUGGAUUCUAAGUAUGCUGACGACGAUGAUGGGUGUGGAAUUACAAAGGGCUGUACUUGUACAUUUGCGUGUGCCGUAUUUCAACAGCGAAUAGGGGCCGGGUCCCUGCGUAGCGGCGUGACGGUACGCACUCUGACCUUUCGCUCCUCUUCCAUCGACUUGACGUGAGUUAUCGUGGCCCCCCCCCCCCCCCACGUCACGGACGGACACACAUACUGAUUGACGGACACACGGAUGGACACACACACUGAUGGACAUACGGAUGGACACGCAUACUGAUGGACGGACACACGUACUGAUUGACGGACACGCGGAUGGACACACGUACUGAUUGACGGACACGUGGAUGGACACACACUGAUUGACGGACACACGGAUGGACACACACACUGAUGGACAUACGGAUGGACACACAUACUGAUGGACGGACACACACACUGAUGGACGGACACGCGGAUGGACGUACGAACGGACAGACAGAUGGACAGACGGACGGGCGGACGGACGGACAUGUGGACGGAGGGGGUCGUCAGACACAGUUCAGUGAUAACCUCGCGUUCCGCGGUGCGCAUCUAAGAAGGAAGAUGAUCCAGAACAUUGUUGCCACGUGGUACGGAGCGGACGGCGUUUUUUUGUUUGUUUAAUUCUGAGCAGUUUCUCAAGAAUGCAAAUGUUGACUCAGUUUGGGGGGUGGGGGGCGAGUUGAAGGAUUGGCGACACCGCAGUUGAUAGACGCGAGGAGAGAGAGAGAGGUCACCCGGAGGUCACCCCGAGAGGGAAGGUGACGGCGUCGGAAAAAGAUGCGAGUCUGUGCGCGCUCGCGCGCGCGCGUGUGUGUGUGUGCGUGUGUGUUGAACAAUAUUGUGGGGAGCGGUGGUGCAGCAGGUUUAACACGUAGGCUUUCGCGACCAAUAUGAAAAAUACAUGUUUUAUGGGUUAGAUCGCGUAAAUGUGUCGUGAAACCCGCCACCACCCGACACAAUCUGAGUGCUACACGUUGUGGAUUCACUCGUAACGAAUUGGCACGUUCUGUUUACGUGACAACCCUUACAAAUUGGCUGUGUCGGGUGGUGGCGGGUUUAACGACACAUUUAUAUAUGUAUACACGAUCUAACCCAACAAAACUUCUAUUAGCGCUACGCUGUGCUACGAACCCGGCCAGCUGAGUUCCUUUCCCGCUCACAGCCAACACCGGUGACGAUGAUUUUAACCGUUCCUGGGCUUCACCCCCCCCCCCUUAGGUCGACUCAGCCUAAAAUGAGUACCUGGGUGCGGUGUGUAGUCAACAUCGCCACUGGGGGAGACUAAGGGCGUCCGGGCGUGGUGUUGGCCACCCCAGCCUCUCGUGCUGCCGUGCCGCCUUUCGUAGGUGACACUCGCUAACAGCACUCGCCCCGACAGUCUGCCGAGGCUUCACGGAGGGAGGGGGGACCUUUGUCUUUGUAUGGUCAACUUCUACGCAGCCGACUGCGCUCUUCUGAGUUGCGGGGCGCGGGGGAAGCGACGUCAAACUAACGCACGGAAUGCAACGCGUCGUCUCUUUAACGAAGCGGGCGAACUGACACGGCAGCCACGGUAAAGCCUGUCGCAGGGUUUAGCCGGGGCGCGGUAGUUAACGUCUCGCCGCCGCAACGCCCCGGAUUCGAACCCGGCAGCGGCGCCGGCUCGGCAUCUCGCCGACCUCUGCCCUGUGAGCGACCCAGACCACCCAAGAGCCGCAAAAAAAAAAAACAGAUCUUGCGAUGAUCUUUGUUCGAUGUACCCGGCCGCACGCGGUAGAGUGUGCGCGCGCGCGCGUGUGUGUGUGCGUGAGCGCUUCCUCCUUGGAGACACAAAUUUUGGCUAAACAGUUCCUUGGCGAUCGGGGUUUGCUUAACCCCUAGCGACCGGGGAUAAUGCGUUGGGCGCUACAACGCACACACGUCGAGUAUUUGCAAAAGCGUGUAAAUAGGAAGAGGCACAAACACCGCAGAGACGCCUACUACGAGGCAUCGGGUGUGCAGUAGACUCGCACAGAAAGCCAUAGACACACACAGAGACCCAUAGACUCACACAGAAAGCCAUAGACACACACAGAGACCCAUAGACUCACACAGAGACCCGUAGACUCACACAGAGACCCGUAGACUCACGCAGAGACCCGUAGACUCACACAGAGACCCGUAGACUCACGCACAGAGACCCGUAGACUCGCACAGAGACCCAUACACUCACACAGAGACCUGUAGACUCACGCAGAGACCCAUAGACUCACACACAGAGACCCGUAGACUCACACAGAGACCUGUAGACUCACGCAGAGACCCGUAGACUAGCGCAGAGACCCGUAGACUCACGCACAGAGACCCAUAGACUCACACACAGAAACCCGUAGACUCACACACAGAGACCCAUAGACUCGCACACAGAGACCCAUAGACUCGCGCACAGAGACCCAUAGACUCACGCAGAGACCCAUAGACUCACACACAGAAACCCGUAGACUCACACACAGAAACCCGUAGACUCACACACAGAGACCCAUAGACUCGCACACAGAGACCCAUAGACUCGCACACAGAGACCCAUAGACUCGCACACAGAGACCCAUAGACUCACGCAGAGACCCGUAGACUCGCACAGAGACCCAUACACUCACACAGAGACCUGUAGACUCACGCAGAGACCCAUAGACUCACACACAGAGACCCGUAGACUCACACAGAGACCGGUAGACUCACGCAGAGAUCCGUAGACUCGCGCAGAGACCCGUAGACUCACGCACAGAGACCCAUAGACUCACACACAGAAACCCGUAGACUCACACACAGAGACCCAUAGACUCACACACAGAGACCCAUAGACUAGCGCACAGAGACCCAUAGACUCACGCAGAGACCCAUAGACUCACACACAGAAACCCGUAGACUCACACACAGAGACUCAUAGACUCGCGCACAAAGACCCAUAGACUCACAUACAGAGAUCCAUAGACUCACGCAGAGACCCAUAGACUCACACACAGAAACCCGUAGACUCACACACAGAAACCCAUAGACUCGCACACAGAGACCCAUAGACUCACGCAGAGACCCGUAGACCCACGCAGAGACCCAUAGACUCACACACAGAGACCCAUAGACUCACACACACAGAGACCCGUAGACUCACACACAGAGACCCAUAGACUCACACACGGAGACCCGUAGACUCACACACAGAGACCCAUAGACUCACACAGAGACCCGUAGACUCACACAGAGACCCGUAGACUCACACAGAGACCCGUAGACUCACACAGAGACCCGUAGACUCACACACAGAGACCCGUAGACUCACGCACAGAGACCCAUAGACUCACGCACAGAGACCCGUAGACUCACGCACAGAUACCCGUAGACACACACAGAGACCCGUAGACUCACACACAGAGACCCGUAGACUCACACACAGAGACCCGUAGACUCACGCACAGAUACCCGUAGACACACACAGAGACCCGUAGACUCACACACAGAGACCCGUAGACUCACACACACACAGAUACCCGUAGACUCACGCACAGAGACCCAUAGACACACACAGAGAUCCGUAGACUCACGCACAGAGACCCGUAGACUCUCACGUCUGUCCUGGAGAACAGAACCCUGCGUGUGUCGCCCGGCAGGGUUCUAUUUCUCGUUGUCGCUAAAACCUUUUUUGUUAAUAUUGGACGUGGAUUUGCGCCGUUGGCUUUCAAACGUUCCGAUCUCGAAGCCGUAGAAGAAUAUUUUUCCAUCGCGGUAUUUUGAAAACCCAAAGGCUCUUAGGGCUUUCGAAUAGGCGGGAAGAAACCCCGAAACAAACCUCGUAAACAUUCUUCUCCCUGGCGCUACUUUGUGCGUUGCUGCAUGCCUUCACCUGGGGAAUCUUGCGGAGGAGGCGGCGUCAUCGUAGUUGUCAUCGCCGCCCAUCAACCGCCCUCAACCGCCGCCAUCAAUCGCCGCCCUCGUUUUGAAAUCUCGUCAAACGGUUGCGCGGAAUUCCGGCCGGCGUUCGCGACGAAGUCGCACGGCGCAAGUCGACGAUCGCGAGCGGUCGUCGUUGUUGCGACGGUGGUGGUUGCGGCGGUGGUGGUGACGGUGACGGUGGUGGUAGCGGUGGUGGUGACGGUGGUGGUGGCGGUGGUGGUGGCGGUGGUGAUAGCGGUGGCGGUGUUGCUGCUGCGUUAAUCUUUUAAACAGUGACCGCCAUUCAUGCCUGAGGUUUUAGUUAUUUUUUUUACUGACACACACACGCCUCUCUCUCGCCAUUGUGUGACAGAUCUGCUAGCCACCGCCACCACCAGGAGUUAAUUUUAAAACUUAACCCAUCGUCAUCGUCAUCAUCAUCAUCAUCAUCGUCGUCGCUAUUACAUGCGCCACCGCAUCGUCGCCGCGAGCCAAGAGUUGGUGUUUUAUCCGGACGCUCCCCCACACCCGUCUCCCGCCAGAGGAAUGUGGAAUUUCCAACACUAGCACAGAGUCGCCCCAGUGGAGUUCAGUUUACUCUUGCUGCCCCCCCCCCCACCGACAUGAGGUGCCGCCACUGUCUGGCAAGUCGACAGCGAAAUGUUCUUUGGGCAGGCCGCCCACCGCCACAGGAAUGUGGAAUUGCCAUCGCCGAUGGACGCGCGCGCGUCAAAGCCGGCCGUUUAGAUUUCUGUUUUUUUUCUUUCACACGUGUACAAAGGACAAGGCUGACUUGUGCGAGUCUAACGUAGAAAGUGACGAUGGUGAUGAUGAUGAUAAUUGUGCACAGCCCUCUUGUCAAUCUGCCGCUGGUUUGAGGGCCUUCGCGAACCGCACCGGUCACCAGAAGGGGCCGCCGUGGCCACACGCCGGUCAGUGUGGUGGGUUGGUGAACGGAUCGGCAGCGGAGGAAAACCGAGGACCGGUUCGAAUACACUGGUCAACACACUUUUUCUGGCAUAAGGUAUUCUAACGGUUUUAAGGUAAUUUUGGGGUGCUGAUUCCAAAUCUGGCAUGAGUUUUUGUCUAUCGCAUCAGGUUUUUUGAGAUAUAAAAUAUUGCAUUUUCAAUUAAAACUGCAGAAGAAAAAUCAUAAGUGACAGAGUUAAUUUAGGGUAAAAUCAAUGAAAAUGGGGUAUGCCGAUAGCAUAAAAUGAGAUGUGAUAGAGCAAAUCUGAGAACAGAUUUGGAAUCAGCACCCUGAAAUUAGUCUAAAAUAGCUGCAAAGUUCAGGCCAGAAAUUUUUUUUUAUUGACCAGUGAUAUCACUCCCCCGCCUCACCCCCUCCCCCACGCAUGAUCUAUCCACUGCUAGAUGAAGGCCAGCCCUCCCGCAGUGCCACACCUGAGUAUAUAUAUUUUUUCCCUUCCUCCCCACGAACUUAGUACCGUAUUUUAUCUGUCCCGGAGGAAUGAUGGGCCCAAGGUUGAUUGGCGACAACUCCGUAGCCGCAGCACCCACGACACCUGAUCGCGUAAAAUGCAAUCGGCACGAAUAACAAAAAACUCCUCCUCCUUACAAAGCCUCCGCCCGGCGAAAAAUUUACAAAUUGCAAACUGACAUUUAUAUCCUGGGAAUAUGGUUUGUUUGUUAUUUUAGUUUUUCAACCGUACCUCCGCGCGGUUACGUUUCCCCGUGGCGCCCGCUUGUCUCUUCAAUUUGCGGUGGACCAUGGCGACGAUACGGUACGGUCCUUCGCAACAAAAAAAACAUUUUUAAAAGGUUGAAGCGUGAAAAAUAAAAAAACACGUGAAAAGUGGAAACAUCACCGACGGGAAAAUGAAAGAAAAGCUGAAUUUUAACGGUCGGAAAGAGGGCGAAAUUGAAUUAAAUGUGCCGAACCCGCGGAAAAAACCAUCCGAACGGUACUCGGAAUGAAAAUUUCCGCUUUAUAAAAAACAUUGAAUAUCGCCUCGUUUACCGCAUACCUUUUUAUAGACGUGCUGCUUUUGAUACCCCCUUGUUUCUUUUAGAUGUAGGAAUGACGAUAAAUAUUCGAGUUAUUUUUCUCUAUAACCGCGCGUGUGUAUAUAAAGUGUUCGUCCGAAAUGCAUUCACGACAGUGCCUUAAUGUUUAAGCAUGACGUAGUUUAGCCGUGUAUUUUUAUACGAAAUCCUUUUUAAAAAAAGUAAGAAAAACCGUUUAAAAAAAAUAUUAAAUAUUAUUACAUUACAAGCUAGUCUUAAUUUGUCGGAGUUUUUUUUUUACGGAAAUAUAUUCGAACUUUUUGUUGUUGUUGCCUCAUUCGUGUCGACGAAUUCCAGGAAACGUAGUUUGCGUAUCAAAGAGAGAGAAAUGUUGAGGCAUUUUAAAAGUACAUUUUUUAAAAACAAACAUUUGCCUCAUUUUUGUUCUUUUUAUAGUUGAGUUUUUUUUUUCUAGAGGGUAAACAAAAAGUAUACACCGAAUCUGUAUUUAUUGUAUUAAUCACGAGUUGAGGGUUUAGCUGUAGCCCCCCCCCCCCCAGUUAAAGGUACCUACCCGCGGACAAAGCUGCUGUACAUUUGACAUUUUUACCACGCAAACAAGAGCGUUGUCGUUUUCCCGAUUGUGUGUGUCCAGCAUAAGCGCAUUCGCAUCACGAAGGUGUAACCACGCACGGGCCGUUUGGCGUCGGAGCGAGUGAGCGGUGGUGUUUUUUUUUAUCCUUUAUAUUAAGUUCACUUGCUUGCUUGCGCGCUUACGACCGUGCAAAUCUUUCGGUCGUUUUUUAACCCACUUCCCGUGAUCCAAUCGAGCUGACAUUUUGCACACAGACUCGUUGUGCGUGACAAUUUAUUUUCGUGAAAAAAUGUUUCAAAAAUUUUCCACUUUUUAGGAAUUUUUUUUUUUACUAUUAAAUUUAAAAUACCAAUGUGAUAAAAAUGAAACUCUUACUCAAGAAAAACAGAAAUGAAUAAUAAAAUAAAACCGAUGCCACGCAUAUAAAGGAUUUAUAGUGAAAAACUUAGUUUUUACGGGUUAAUUUUUUUACUAUCGGCAAGACUUUCCCGCCAAAAGUGAGCGAGCGAGCGGUCGUUUGUUUAACCAAUCGCAGCCAAACCUGGGAGUGACGUCACAGUGCUCCCAUGAGCGGUCGCACCGAUUGGCCGAGGCACGGAUCCACUUGUAAGAACUCGCACGCGAUUGGAUAUUCUCUCGCUCUCUCGCCGUCGGAUACGUCUGUGGCGCCAGACGUGCUCUUAAGGGACAGCGAAAACGUCUUUUUACCGUGAAUUUUUGUUUUGUUGUUUAAGUGUUAUUUUCUACAAGAGGAAUGCACCCGCGUUCCGGGGAUUGUGUUUUAGCGACGGAAUUACUUCCAGAAUUCUCUCGGCGUUGCCCGUUGUUGUGCGUCAAGUCCUCUCCUGUUGCGAGAGACUUCGCGCGUGGCAACUUUGUGUUGUCGGUGUUCUUGUGGGGCUUUUUUUUUACACUACAGGCCAACACAAAGCAAUAUCCAUUCAAAUCAACCAGUUUUUGCCUGCCUCUCAAGACUGCCUGCCGACUCGCGUUCGAGGUACAAAACGUUUGUCCAAUUGCAUAACUUGUAUUUCAAAUGAAGUGAGAUUUUUUAAUUGUUAUUGCUGUAUUAUUGUUGUUGUUGUUACUUGGCUGAGACCAAACCCGUUGUUAUCAAGUGACUUCAGUUACGACCUCGUGCCCGAAUGUGUAAUGAGGUCACCGUUGUCCGUUUUAGACAUCGGCCGUGAAUUCCAGUAAUUUACGGAGACGUUUAGUCCAAUUAGGUUCUUCCAUCGGUGACGAAAGAGAUAAUAAUGGGUGGUACGAUCCGGCCCACCCUCACCACCUCACCCUCACCGAUCUCUUUCCCCCACUCCCACCCACCCCUUCCCCGGCAAAGAUCGAUGGCGUUCUGAGGGUCGUGGUUUCGAUUAAAACGAAAAGAAGACACGUGGUGAGAAUGACAGCGCCUCCAGUGGCUGUGGCGGGCGGGCCGGCUCGACGACGUACAACAUAUCCCGAAUUGAACAAGCGUCCCGUUUGAAUGGUGUGUGUUGCGAGCUUUAAAGGAAUCGAUGAUUUCGGUCGCUUUCAAAUGGAUGGAUUUGUUCGCCCAAUGCGUAUAAUAGCCGGCACGGUUACCGUCGUCGAUGCUGCCCGAAGCGAUGGCCGUGCGUUGAGACUUUGCUUUUGUAUUUUUCACUACAAACCUGCCUCAUUGAAUGACGCCAAUGGGGAGUUUUCAUUCAUGUAUACACACGUUUAUAUUUAGUUACUUAAUGCUGUUGUUACGUUACACAGCAAGCCGCACGUUAGGAAGCGCGCAACGUGAUACCAAAACGUCGCGACGGCCGACCGGAAAUUCGAUGUGCGACUGCGGUUUUAAAACGGACGCGUUUAGAAUGUUGAGUUUGAGCCUUUGGGGGGGGGGUGGGUGGGGAAGUAGAGUCUAAAUCAAAUGACAGGGACUCCUCUGCUUGCAAACGAGUUAAGUUCCAGAGGUGUCUGUUCGCAAGUUGAUUUGUUCGUAAGUCCAACUUUACUCCUGUCGAUUCCCAACACUCUGUACGGGAUGUACACUAAACACAGGGAAUGGCUUUACAAGAUGUAUAAUCUCCUGCAGAUGUAGAUGCCACUGGUUCUUCACGUUCUGUAGAUGUAGAUGCCACUGGUUCUUCAUGUUGUGUAGAUGUAGAUGCCGCUGGUUAUUGAUGUUCUGCAGAUGUAGAUGCCACUGGUUCUUCACGUUCUGCAGAUGUAGAUGCCACUGGUUCUUCACGUUCUGCAGAUGUAGAUGCCACUGGUUCUUCACGUUCUGCAGAUGUAGAUGCCACUGGUUCUUCAUGUUCUGUAGAUGUAGAUGCCGCUGGUUAUUGAUGUUCUGCAGAUGUAGAUGCCGCUGGUUCUUCAUGUUCUGCAGAUGUAGAUGCCACUGGUUCUUCAUGUUCUGCAGAUGUAGAUGCCAUUGGUUCUUCAUGUUCUGCAGAUGCCGCUGGUUAUUGACGUUCUGCAGAUGUAGAUGCCGCUGGUUCUUCACGUUUUGCAGAUGUAGAUUCCACUGGUUCUUCACUUUCUGCAGAUGUAGAUGACACUGGUCCUUCACGUUCUGCAGAUGUAGAUGCCACUGGUUCUUCACGUUCUGGAUAUGUAGAUGCCACUGAUUCUUUACGUUCUGCAGAUGUAGAUGCUGCUGGUUCUUCACGUUCUGCAGAUGUAGAUGCCAUUGGUUCUUCGCGUUCUACAGAUGUAGAUGCCACUGGUUCUUCACGUUCUACAGAUGUAGAUGCCACCACCGCCAUCUAUUGCGCGGCGGCUUGAACUUACGACUCUCGAUCUGAACAGACAACUGGACAUACGGACAUGUUUCUUCGUAUCUCGGAAAGUUCGUAAGUCCCAUGUUCGGAAGGAGAGGAGUUCUUGUAUUUCCCGCUGCUGCUGUUGCUGCUGCCGCAUUGACAGUGGUGAACAAGCAAAAAAUAAACAACAACAACAAUACACCCCAACACAUUGGUCAAAUAAUAAACGCUCGUCGCCUUAGAAAGAACAGUGCUGGUUCCUCUCGCUCUGUACGGCGGCGGUGGUAGUAGCAGUUAGUCGUAGUAAUUAGUGGUAGUUAGUAGUAGUUAUUAGUAAUAGAUGCAUUCCAAAAAAGAAAGGGGCGCGCAACACUACACCGCACGGGGAGACUGCUGCCUGUUUUGUUUCUUUUCAUCGUCGUCGUCGUCGUCGUCAUCAUCGUGCAGUCACACCGCAUGAAGAAACGUGAGCGGGUGGUGGCUCCGCGCAUCGCGACGUGAACCCCUUCCCCGACCCGCGUCCUUCCCAAAGUCGUCUUUUUUCUGGGGCCCAGCGGUCUUUUAUUUUUUUUCGCGGCUUCGCCUUCGCUGCCUCUCAGCGGCAGUGGCGGUGGUCGAGAUAGAACCGCCCCCCAUAAAAAAUACGUUGCGGGUGUCGUAGCGACAUUCUAGCGCGUGUCGAAAGCAACUUUACAAUCGGGCUGUCUUGACGAUUGUCUCUCGACUCGCUGCUCAAUCUCACGGACUUCAUAAUUAUCGGCGAGCUCGAUUUAAAAUGAACAACCUUGCCACACCCAGCCCACCCACCAAACAGCGGUACGAAUCGGGAACGAGCGGCGUUGACAUGUCCGAACGGCCACGCAGACGCCUAUUGCAAGUCUGCAUCGACCGCAUUUGCUUGCGGUAAGACACGGGUUGGCUACGUACGGCGCGACGGACGUUCAACGUACAUAUGUACGAAACACGCAAAAAGCUGCCUCGCAUUGUCCUUGAAACUGAUUGGCCUAAACCAGAGUCGGCCUCCUUUUUGUGGCUUUGCCUCGCCGGCGCUGGUGAAGGACCAAAAGGACGCCAAAUAGGCGAGCGGUACAAGGACCAUGCAAACACGCCCGAAGCAUUCAAUGGCUCUGUUAUUAGAAUCGAUUACCACCAAGCCACCAUGCGGAAAUAGGAAGUUUAAUAGGAUACGUUGAACCGGACCGUAAAAUAACGUUUUUUUGGCCAAAAUUAUUUGCAAAGCCCCCUUUUGUUGUUGUUGUUGCAAGCGUGGGUGUACUUUGACACGGCCACAAUUUUUUAAACGCUCGGCGCGCCUUGCGAACAAAUUAUUUUUAUCGCGCGUGACAUCGGUCUCGUGGCGGGCGGCUCCCGUCGGUGAUUUUAAACGACGACGUGAUGAUGAUGAUGACGACGAUGAUGACGAGUGCGUGCGUCACCCUGUGUCGCACGACGAAUAACGGUGACGUUGCGGACUUUGCCGCGUGUGCGUGCGUCGAGGUGAUCCGGUCUUCGUGCAUCGCGCCUCCCACCGUUUUGCAAACGGCUCCUGUGCUCCGUGUUUUAUUCCUUGCGUCGCAUUCGUUGUCAUCGCAUUCUCUGUAAAUAAAAUAUAUUUUUGUGUCGCCUGGAGCAGCAGCAGCAGCAGCAACGUCGUCGUCGUCGUCAUGACGAUUAUUAUUUUUGUAUUAACUUUUUAUGUACUUGACGAUGAAACUUAUGUAACUUUGAACAAUAAAAGGUACUACGUUAGUUAGCAUU